ACAACCGGCAAUUCCGACUUCUAGGUCAGUUAUGUGUGAAACAGCCUUGAGCUUGUCUAAGUUGUUUUAGCACAAGUUAAACUUUGAGUACCAAUGGUUUCACUGGAUGUUCCUCUUCCAACAUUUGAAGAGCUCACAGUUCCAGAGCUAAAACUCUCAGCUUGCCCAUUGUUGGCAGCAGGCAUACAUCUGGGGAAAUUCUGUGAUAAUGAAUGCAAGGAAUUUAUGCUGUGUCACUAUGAAACACAUGAUCCUAGAGCAUGUUUAGAACAGGGGAAAGCAGUGACUAGUUGUGCUCAAAAAUUCUUCAGACAAGUAAAAAAACAUUGUGAUGAGGAAUUUCGUAACUAUUACACUUGUCUACACAAACAUGGAGGACCUUCUUACAGUUUGAAAAAUUGCCGUUCAGCUCAGUAUCCGUUUGAUAACUGUAUCAAAACUCAUCUGAAUCAAGAACGUCCAGAAUUAAAUUACUUUAAUCGUGUUCGUCUGCAUAAAACUGACCGACCUAGAUAUGAACCGGGAUUAGCUCCAAUGCCGGAAAGAAUUCCAGAUCUUCCAGAUUUCUCUUUAUCUGAAGAGCCUGCACGUUUGAAAGACAGGCGAAAAGUCAACGAAAUGUUUAUUUAAAACUGGCGGUGGUGCAGUGAUUGGAAACUAACGAACAAACAAGCAAACAUGGUUUAAUCUUAUGAAAAUGAACACAGUCGGAUUAGUUUAGAAAGUGUUUGACAUAUUUUACAAAAUUUGUUGAUCUCUUUUGUCGCAAAUAUAAAUAUUAAGUGUAGUUAAU